UACGCGUGUACAUAAAAUAAAAUUUUGAAAAACAUUAACGAAGAAAAAAAAUUUUUUUUUUUAAAUUGUAAAAUCGACAAAAUAAAGUGUUUUUUUUUCUUUUCUUAAAAAAUUAAAUACAGCGAUAAAAAGAACCAUUUAUGUAAAAUUCUUAUUCACUUGCUUGCUCUUAAUUUAUUUUGGAUAUCAGUGAUUUUCAUCUUAAAUAAAGAAAAUAUAUAAUAAUCUUUAAUCAUCUGUGCUGUAAAUGUGCACAUUUAUUCUACCAUCACCAUCCCUUAGCCUAACUGACAUCAAUGUAAAAGGAUUACAGCCAUUAUAAAAGAAAAUAAAAGUGCCAUCCCAUUUUAAUAGAAAAAUUUAGGAAGAAUAAACGAGGAGAACAAAAAUUAAAGAAUUAAAAUGGAGCAACAACCAUUAAUAGUUCAAGCUGAAUUUCCUUUUCGUGGUGAUAAUAAUGAUGAGUUAUGCUUUAAAAAAGGUGAUAUAAUAACUGUAACACAACGUGAAGAGGGUGGAUGGUGGGAGGGUACCUUAAAUGAUAAGACUGGCUGGUUUCCCAGCAAUUAUGUUAAAGAAUAUAAAGCAGCACUACCAAUAUCAGAGACAAUAAGACCACCAGAAGAAAUCCAAGAGUAUCGUUCUGUAGUACUUAAGGAUUUAUUAGAAAGCGAAAAAGCACAUGUAGCCGAAAUAACUGGUUUAUUGGAAAAUUUUUUAGAACCUUUACAAACAAGCCAAAUUUUAAACAACGAUGAAUAUGCUCAAUUAAUGUGUAAUUUUAUAGAAGUAGUUGAAACACACGAUAAUUUAUAUCGCUGCCUUGAAGAAUGCAAUGAUCGCGUCGGAAAAUUAUUUUUAAAUAAAGCUCCAGUAAUGAAGAGUGUUCAUCAAGCGUAUUGCGCUGCUCAUCCUCGUGCUAUUGUAAUAUUGGAUAAGUAUAAGGAUGAAUUAGAAAAAUUUAUGGAAAGACAAGGUGCUGCCUCCCCAGGUCUUUUAGUUUUAACAACAGGUUUAUCAAAACCAUUCCGUCGUUUAGACAAAUAUUCCGCAAUGUUACAGGAAUUGGAAAGACAUAUGGAAAGUAGUCAUCCAGAUCGUGGUGAUACACAAAGAAGUGUUGCUGUUUAUAAAGAUAUUGCAGCAACAUGCUCUGCAACACGCCGUCAAAAAGAAUUAGAAUUACAGGUUUUAACUGGCCCAGUAAGGGGGUGGCAAGGACAAGAGCUAAGUACAUUAGGUGACAUUAUACAUAUGGGUAGUGUUGCUGUUGGACCAGAUCAUCGCGAUAGAUAUUUUGUCCUUUUUCCGCAAACGUUAUUAAUAUUGAGUGUUAGCCAGCGUAUGAGUGCCUUCAUUUAUGAGGGUAAACUCCCCUUAACCGGGAUUGAAGUGAGACGUUUAGAUGAUACCGAGUUAAUAAAAAAUGCAUUUGAAGUUUGUGGACCUUUAAUUGAAAAGAUUGUAGCUGUUUGCCAAGGACCAAAUGAAGCAAAUAAAUGGGUAGAAUUAUUAACGUCAGCUAAUCCACAAACAAUGCCAAUUAAUAUUAAACGAAAUGUCAGUAGUGGCGCUAUAAGCAAUGUACCACCUCUAGCCCCACCACAUACCAGCUCGUCUUUUUUAUUGGAUAAACGGGGCUAUUGCGCAAGGUCAUCCUUUUAUGCAUACAGUUUAAAAACUUCUAAUUUUUCAGUAACGCUGCCACCAAAAAACUACCCACCCACAGCUCCGUACGCCGCUUUAAAUGCUCAUUUUAGACAAUUAGUCAAAAAAGGUCUUUUAAAACGAGACAUUGUAAAAGCCUUAUUAUAUCCAUCCCUUUUAAAUAAAAAAUACGAUACAAGUGACAUCAAAAGGCGCAAACGCAAAACAUUAACCCGAAUGAAAAAAAGGCCAAUAGGAGAAGAUUCUAUUACAGAAAUUAAAGAAUCUGAUUGUGAUCUUACCGAAAGUAAUGAUGAAUCAGCUUUAGAUUUACCUACUGACUCAGAAUGUGAUAGUGAAGCUGGAUCUUGUGAAAGUAAUCCAUUUGAAUAUAUUAAGUUUUACACUGGCAAGAAGCAUUCAAAAGAUAUUGCUAGUACAUUAACUCAUUAUGAAACAUUCAUAGAUCAUGGAGGAUCCUCAAAUGAUGAAAAAACAUUAUCGAAAGCAGAAAAAACCACAAAAUCAGUUCAAUGUGAAAUUCAAUUACAUGUAGAUGAAAAAGCUACAAAUGCGAAUUCUUUAUAUGAGACUGAACAAAAAACAGAUUCUUUAGUAUUCGGAUCUAAAGCAGUGCGAGUCUUAAAUCGUAAAUCUUCUGAGCAAAGUAUUAUUUUAACUUCCACUGCUCGUCUGAAUAUAGGCGUACCAGGGGCACAUUUGAAACCACAAAUCUCUGAUGUGUCGCAAAUUUCAUCAUUUGAUGCCAGAACAUCAAGAGAACUUUUAGCUUGUGAAAAUUUAACUGAUCUUAAUGAUGAAACUCAGUUCAAAAGUAAGUUUUUAAAUGCAAAAACAACAUCUUUCGAUACUGUGGGUGAAAGAAGUCGUAGUAUGCCAAACUAUUUAGUUGGAAACCGUUUUAAUCAUUCCGAUUCAACAGCAGUUUAUAUACCAACAUGGAGAGAUUGCGAAACACAAAAUCAAAGUGUGGAUCAUGAUGAUAAAGUAAAACGAAAUUGUCAUACCAUUGACAAAGAAUCAUAUGCAGAGGAGCAUUUAAACAGUAGCCCAAUGUUAGUAAAAGAAAAUGAAAUACAUUCCAGUUCAAUUGAUUUACCAGCAAUAAUGCCGGCUCCAGAUAAAAUUAGUGCAGAACUUUUGUAUAACUUAGAUGGUAGUAUGACAAGCUUGCACAGAAGCUCUUCCCAUUUGUUUGUUGAAGAUUCAAAGAAUAAACUGCUUGAUAAUCGCCAAAGUCAAGGAAUAAAUUUAUCUAGGGAAGCAUCACCUUUCAAAAAUCAUUCGCUUAAUUCAGACAAAAGAAUUAAAUCCACGCAGAACAUUUCUGAAUCAAAAUAUUUAAGUUCAGGAAGGUGGAAAGAAUUAGAAGAAAUUGAUUUUGAAAAAUUAGAAAGGGAUUGCGAGGAGUUGGAAAAUUAUUUGCUGAUGGACAAAAGAUAUCCAUCUCCCAGAACUUCUCAAAUGCAUAAAUUUAUUUCUUCCAACAUCCAAAAUAAAAAAAAGGGUAACAAUCUCCCAAGUCAUAUUACGGAAGAAUCGGAUACCUCAAAAUCUGAUUUUGACACUUUUCCUAGAAAAUAUGAAUUUCCAGUAAAAAACAAUGAUAAUUUCUUAAAUCGAGAAAUACCAGAAGAGAAUCCAGAAAGCAAUUUGAAAAAAUCUUCAGAAACAAAAAAUGAAGGUAAAGAAUGUGAGUCUAAUAUAACAGUAUUACAAAAAGCAGCCAGCUUCGAUGUUAAAGAAAAAAUACUUCGGCCGAACGAGCAUAAAAAGUUUGAGCAUCAACUUCAACAGAAUGCUAGUACGUCUUCUAGUGGAGCUAAUCCUAUUAGAAGAUGCAUUAGUUACCAGUAUAUUUCAAUGGGCCUGAAUUUACAAAAUAACUCUAAUAUACCCGGAUCAAUGCACGGUGAUGGUGACAGUAGCAAAAAUAUAGAGAAACCUAAUAAUACUCAUCAAAAAUUUACGAAAUCUCAGCCUGGUACAAAAUGUAAAUGUUGUGAAAGUUCACAAUGUCCAAGUCCUCGUUCAAGUGAUUCGGGAAUGGCGGGAAGUUGCACUAUAGCUUCUCCAGAAAAUUUCAAAUAUCCUGAAGAGUAUUAUUAUCCUUUUAAUACAGAUAUUGUAGAUGAUAUUCUAGAAAAUAAGGGUAACGAAUUGCAGCAGUCUCAAUCAGUAUCUAAUAUUCCUGCAAAAUUUGAUGUUUGUGGAAUGUUUCGAAAUAAAUUUUUAACACAAAGUCAAGAACAAGCCAUAUUAGCAAACCAAGAGGAACAAAACAAUACAGAUCGAAAAUCUCGCGAUAUAUCAAAAUCUAAUGUUACUCAUAAUGUUAUUAGGGGAAGAAGUGUAGAAUCAAUAUGCAAACCUAUGCCAUUAAAGAUUCAUACGCAGAGUGUUCGAGUAAAAGAACCUCGUGUGACACAGACAGAGCAAAGUGAGGUUGAAAAAAUAGGGGUUUUUAAAACUGGUUUAUAUGCUCAUUGGUGGAAAAAGGAGAACUUGCCAAUAGCUGUAAUUCGUGGUAUACUAAGCGCAAAAGAGUCUUCCCAGAAUAUUCCCCAAACUAAUACACCCAAAGCAGACGAAAUUUCAAAACCGACUAGUAGUCAAAAACUGAGCCAUCGAAUGGCAGAACCAACAUCACUACAAAAUAAAGGUUGUAUACCUAUGGGUGAUAAGACGUUAGAACAGAAACCAAUUGCGUCUACAAAUGGAGGUGUUUCAGGCUCAGAUGUCGCCGCCAGCAAACCUCGGAAUGAUAAAUCAACAACAACAGUCAACCCUAAGAAGUCAACAACAGCAACAGCAGCCAUUAAUAAAUCAAACGUCACAACACAAACGGAGCCUAUCAUUCAAUCAUCACCUAAGUUACAAUCAAUACUCCACACUCAGCAAUCAACAACAUCCACAGCUUCAUCAACAUCAACAACAACAACCAAUUCAUCAGGGGAUAGGACUGGGGCAGGGUGCAGCGGUAGUAACACAAGUAACAACAGUAACACCAGUACAAAAUCAAAACCUCAAAUCAAAUUUAGUCCAGACAUCGAAGAAUAUUUCAAAACUGGAAAAUCCAAUGCACAAUCAUCCGGUAGUGGUGGGAACCGGAAUAACAAAGACACCUCCAACAGUAGUGGGACAAAGCGGAAGAAUAGGAAACAUAAAAGCUAAUUGGAGUAUAACGAAUUUGCAACCAGCACCACCGUUGCGACCAAAUUUAUUGAAUCCGCCACCGCCAACUUCUUCAAGUGGUGGUAGUAGUGUAAAUACUCUCACUAAUUAUUGUAAUAGUCGUAAAGUACAACC